UUCCACUUCAAGAAUGUUUUAGAUUCUGUUCACACUUCACACACAUGUCUAAAUUUUUCAAGUAAAAAUCAACCCACCAAGACUGAAGAUUUACAAGUCUUCUCCUCCCCACUCACCCUCUUCCUCUUAACCUCUCUCUAUAUAAACGUUUAAGAGUGGUAAGGAAGCAAUUAGUCUCCUUAAUUAAUUUCUGAUCUCUUUCUUAAUCAGUUUUUUGCAGAAAGAAACUAUGGAUUGCGACAAAGGUUUUUCGAGCAGAUAUAUGAUCUUGAAGCCUGAAGAAUUGAGAUUGUUUGAUCUUUUUAACAUCUUAUUUUCCAGUGAUAUUGGGAAAAGAAAGUUCCUUGACAGUGCAGAGGCCAAAGAGGAGAGUUUCGAGCGGCGAUGGCUUAUUUUUAUCUCCAUCGUCGUUCAAAAGAUGCUGAAACUUUUUUCCACGCCAUUAUCGUUUCUUGGUUCCAUGAUCGAGAUGUGGCUUAACCUCUUGUCCUGUAAUGGAAAUUUUUUCAGGCUUUUGUUCAACCUAUUAAGAGGAAGGUUGAUAAUUCCUGACAAAACAUCAGCAACAUUCAUUUCUUUUAUCGGAAAUUUCGACAAGCGACUUGAGUUGGACAAAGACAUAGCACGUGAAGAUUCAAGAUACAAUGCAGCUCUCUCUAUGAUGGCUUCUAAAGCAUCUUACGAGAACAAGGCCUACCUUCAAACUAUAGUCGGUGAUUAUUGGAAGAUGGAAUUUUUGGGAUUUUAUGACUACUGGAAUGAUUAUCAAGAUAAAGACACAACUCAAGUCUUUCUAUUCCGCGACAAAACUGAUAACAAAGAUACGACAGUUAUAGCCUUUAGAGGCACCGAACCAUUUGAUGCAGAUGCUUGGUGUUCAGAUUUUGAUAUCUCUUGGUAUGAACUUGAAGGCAUAGGAAGAAUCCAUGGAGGUUAUAUGAAAGCAUUAGGGUUGCAGAAAUCCACAGGUUGGCCUAAAGAGGAGAUUAAUCAAAACGACAGUCGUAAAGCUCCCUUAGCCUAUUAUGAUAUUAGAAAAAUUUUAAAAGAAAUACUGGCAAAAAACAAUGAAGCAAAAUAUAUAGUGACUGGUCAUAGUUUAGGUGGAGCACUAGCAAUUCUGUUUCCUGCGAUUUUGGCAUUCCAUGAUGAGAAAAUGCUGUUGCAGAAAUUGGAAGGAGUUUACACAUUUGGGCAACCUAGAGUUGGAGAUGAAAGUUUUGGUCAAUACAUGGAAAAGAAAUUAAAAGAAAACGAUAUAAUUUAUUACAGAUUUGUUUAUAAUAAUGACAUGGUUCCUAGGUUGCCUUACGAUGAUUCAGCUCUUAUGUUCAAGCAUUUUGGGACCUGCAUUUACUAUAAUAGGCACUAUGAACCACAGGUUGUUAAAGAAGAACCAAACAAGAACUACUUCUCGCCACUCAGAGCAAUACCGAUGAUGAUAAAUGCUCUUAUGGAGUUAAUAAGAAGCUUCACUAUUGUGCACACCAAAGGACCAAAUUAUAGAGAAGGUUGGUUUAUGAGAUUGUUUAGGUUUAUUGGAUUAGCUGUUCCUGGUGUACCUGCUCAUUGUCCCCAAGAUUAUGUUAAUGCGACUCGUUUGGGUUCUGCUCAAGUAUUUUUGCUACCUCAAAAUGCAUCAAAUUGAAAAUGUCAUUUCAAAGAUAUAUUUAUAUGAUUAAUAGUGCUAAUUGGAGCAUAAAUACAUUAUUUCCACUAGGCGAGCCAAAUGGGUAUCUUCCUACUUAAUUUGUAAAGAUGGUGAUGGUGAUUUUGUUGUGCUUAAUUGCUUGUGUUUUAUUUA